AUUCAUGAAAAUCACUCCUACUGCAACACACAAAUAAGUGGAUCGACGUGUCAAUACCGAAUUCGUGUCUCAACAUUGUCGUGUAAAUAUUGUAAAUAAUGAACUCUUGACAAUUACUCAUUGAUUGUAGGCUGAAGUAUUUCUGUAGUCGAUAGUGUGUUAAUAUCUUCCGACCAGCUCAAAAUUUACCGGUGUUAACCUCCUCCCUUUUAUUUUGAUAUCAUUUUUUAUUUAAUCGUAACCUCUUCUCUCGUUUUUAAAAGAUGCUUUGAAAGACAAUUGAAUACUGUCUUCCACUGUAGUGUUCAAUUAAUCUCUCUUUCUUACUCGGAAAUUGCAAGAAAUAGAAAGAAAUUUGUAUUUAACAUGUUGAGGAGGAGAAAUGUCAAUUUAAAGACUGUCACCCAGCUCGACGCUUUCCCGAAGGUGCCUGAAAGCUACACGAAUAAGUCAGCUGUUGGCGGAACAUUUUCAUUCAUAACAUUCUGCAUCAUCUGUUACCUACUAAUCUCCGAGACCCGUUACUUCCUGGACGCAAGGCUCUGGUUUAAAUUCGAACCAGAUACGGACAUCGAUGCUAAACUGCGAAUAAAUGUCGACAUAACAAUAGCAAUGACCUGCAGUAAAAUAGGAGCCGAUAUCCUAGACUCAACGAACGAGAAUCUCCUAGGAUUUGAGCCCCUGUCUGAGGAAGACACCUGGUGGGACUUGUCAUCCAAUCAGAGAUUUCACUUCGACUCCCUAAAACACAUGAACUCGUAUUUGAGAGAGGAGUAUCACGCGAUCCACGAACUACUAUGGAAAUCCCAUCAAGUGGCAUUUAUGAGCGAAAUGCCCAAACGGAGCACUGAGCCUAGUCAUCCACCGGAUGCCUGCCGCAUUUAUGGCAGCAUAAAUGUCAAUAAAGUUGCUGGGAAUUUUCAUAUUACUGCCGGCAAGUCUCUCUCACUGCCGAGAGGUCACGUGCAUAUUUCUGCAUUUAUGACUAGUCAGGAUUAUAACUUCACGCAUCGGAUUAAUAAGUUUUCAUUUGGUGAAGAAAGUCCUGGAAUUGUUCAACCGCUUGAUGGCGAUGAAAAAGUUGCUGAUCAAAAUAUGAUGUUGUACCAAUACUUCAUAGAAGUCGUUCCUACCGAUAUCCAAACAUUAUUGAAAAAUACUAAAACUUACCAAUACAGUGUGAAAGACUACGCAAGACCGAUAGACCACCACAAGGGCUCUCACGGAAUACCCGGAAUAUUCUUUAAAUACGACACAAGUGCAUUAAAAAUUAAAGUCACCCAAGAGCGUGACUCUGUGAUUCAAUUCCUCGUAAAACUAUGUGCUAUUAUCGGGGGAAUAUUUGUAACCAGUGGAUUGAUUAAUAGUAUUGUUCAGACGUGUUAUUACGUCAUCUCUUGUAAAUUUUUUAGAAAUAAUGAGGUCAAGGACGAGCGGAAAAUUGUGCACAAUACGAUCAGUGGUAAACCAAUAACAUCCAUUGAUCUCGUAAAUGUUCCAGCUCCUGAGCCAAUUGAUGUUACAUUGAAGCCUCAAUAAAAUGACUUUAUGAAUCAGAGAACUCUUUUCAUCAUUGGGAAUAAAUUAAACAAUCUCUCUACACCCAUUCUGCUCCCAAUUUCAUGAUUUUAUUAAUAAGAUUCAAGUGGUUUAAUUUUUACACAUAAUGUACGUAUCGUAUGAGGCACCGGUGAUAGCUGUACACAAACGACUCCAACGAUCAGGCGAAAGAACACAAUUACAAUGUCGAAAGCACUUUUUUAAUUAAACGCUCAUCUUCUCGUCUCUUCUACUGAAUAUAUUUAUUUUACAUGUAAAUAAGUACCUUAAGAAAUUACAAAUCAGUUCAAACUGGUUUGUGAUACAUGCCAUGUUAAACACUGAUAUUUUUUUCAAUUUUCCAGCAUAUUUUAUCUCACAUUCUAACUUAGCAUGGAAUUAGCUUCGGGAAAAGUAGAAUUUCAUCCAACAACUUGACCAAAACUACAAGAUAAGAUCGAAAAAAGAAGAAUUUUGUUCUAUUCCCUGAAUUGGUUGAUUUUCCAAUUGCACUGGAGCGACCAAUUUUUUCAUUUCGCCAAUUAAUUUCAAUCGUUGGGUCUUCGAUACUACAGACAAUGCAUCGUAAAAUAUCGAUAAAUAUUUAUUCAAAUUCACUGAUGAAUUCCCUGCAGGAAAAAUGUGCAAUGAACGUCCUCUGUACAUGAAACUCUUUUCCUGUCUCUGUUUAUGCCUUACUAUUUCCAAUAUUUGCAAAAUUAACUAAAAAUUUGUAAACGCUCAUUCAUUCUCAAGCACUCAUGAUAAUCACACGAAGCACACGACCAUUCAUCAAUUUUUACAUGUCUUAGGUAGGUGCAAAAG